CCUUUUAUUUUAUAACAAAUCACAGUAUUGUCAACCUCGAUUGUAGUGUCAUAAGUAAGUACUUUUGCGAUUACACUUCAAUAAUGACUUCUCAAACGAAUACCACGGUAACAACCCACAAUAGCAGUCGUUUAAAAGUAGUGAGCUCUGGUAAUAAAGGGGAAUUCCAAGAUGAUCUAAUAUAUGAAACAAUAGCAUUAGGAGAUUGCCACUAUGACAAAGAUCAAAAGAUUUUUUACUAUAUGUGUCCAUGCGGCGAUCUUUUUGAAUUUUCAUUGGGUCAGCUUUUAGAUGGCAACCUAGUGUCUGAAUGCCCAAGUUGUUCCUUACGCGUAAGGAUUGACCUUAAGGAUGGUGACUUGGAACCAUACAUGUGAAAGAUACGUGAACAUUGGAGUCAUAUAAAUGGGUUAUAUUUGAAGAUUCCAUUUAUUUGUGCACUAGGGAUUGGACAUAAUCUUUACAUUCCAG